AUGGCCUCCCUUCUCAAGCAGAUCAAGAAGAUCUUCAAGUCUAACAAGAAGACUACCACCGCUCCCGCUGCUGCUGCCAAGCCCGUCGUUGCCGCUGCUCCCGUCGCAGCCGUUGCAGCCGUCGCUCCCGCCGCCCCUGUCUUGGAGACCCCCAUCGCCAAAGUUUCCGAGCCUAUCCACCCCGAGAACACCCACGCCAACCACACUUUCGCUGCUCUUACCAAGUCGGAUGCCCAGUUGGCCGCCCUCGCCAACCACAAGUAUGCCAAGGUUGUCAGCGCUGAACGUGUCGAGGCUGCCAAGGCUGGUCUUGAGAAGUCAGGAUUCAAGGUCCACUUGGUCAACAGCCGCGGUGAGGCCUUCGAGACCGUCAAGAACUUGAUCCCUGCCGGCGCCUCUGUCAACAACGCUCAUUCUACCACCUUGGAGGAGAUUGGAUUCAUUACCUAUCUCAAGGGAGAGACUGCUUGGGACAACGUCCACGCCACCAUUCUUGCUGAGAAGGACCCUGCCAAGCAGGCCGAGCUCCGCCGCACCGUUGGCUCCACCGUCGACUACUACCUCACCUCCAUGUCCGCUGUUACAGAGGAUGGCAAGCUCGCCCACGCCGAUCUCUCGGGCUCCAAGGUCGGCGGUGUCUCCUUCGGCGCUGCUAACGUUAUCGUUGUCGUCGGUACCAACAAGAUUGUCAAGGAUGAGGAUGAGGCCUGGACCCGCACCAACGAGUUUGCUCUUGCUGCCGAGUCUGCUCGUGCUCGCGAUGCCUACGGUGUCCCUGCCUCGGCUAUUGUGAAUUUCGAAGUACUUAGGGCUGCCAACCCUUUUGCUCCUGGACGCAUCCAGGUCGUUCUUGUCAACGAUGCCCUCGGAUUCUAA